AUGUCUGUGACGAUGAACCCCGCCCUCGCAGCGCAAGCCUGUGUGGCAUGCCGUGAGCCAAAACGAAAAUGUGAUCGGAUGAAGCCGAACUGUUCUUUGUGCCAUCGUCUUGGGCGUCGUUGCCAUUAUGAAUCCCAGAUUACGGCUCCGAGUGAUAGCUCGGCUUUCAUGAGUUUUGCAACCCGCCUGCAGUAUUUCUCAAUGGUUUCCCGUUCUUGCUGA